AACCAACUCUCGCGGGACGUUGUUUCAGGAAGUUCCACGUCAGUAUCCAGUGCGCUGCUCACUGUUACCUCCGACCGAAGUGUUACCAACCUUUUUAUUUAUUCACAUUGUGAUAACACGGGGAUAAAACAUGCCUCUGAGGCUGGACAUUAAGCGGAGGCUAACAGCCAGGUCGGACCGUGUAAAGAGUGUUGAUCUUCACCCAACCGAGCCAUGGAUGCUGGCCAGUCUUUACAACGGCAGCGUCUGCGUGUGGAACCAUGAAACGCAGACUCUGGUCAAGACCUUUGAAGUGUGUGACCUGCCUGUCAGAGCGUCCAAAUUUGUAGCCAGGAAGAACUGGGUCAUCACAGGAGCAGAUGACAUGCAGAUCCGUGUGUUUAACUAUAACACCUUAGAACGGGUUCAUAUGUUUGAGGCCCACUCUGACUAUAUCCGUUGCAUUGCUGUCCAUCCAACCCAGCCGUACAUCCUUACCAGCAGUGAUGAUAUGUUGAUCAAGCUGUGGGACUGGGACAAGAAGUGGUCGUGCAGCCAGGUGUUUGAGGGUCACACUCAUUAUGUGAUGCAGAUUGUCAUCAAUCCUAAGGACAACAAUCAGUUUGCUAGCGCCUCUUUGGAUAGAACAAUUAAGGUGUGGCAGCUGGGUUCUUCCUCUCCCAAUUUCACUUUGGAGGGUCAUGAGAAGGGAGUGAACUGCAUCGACUACUACAGCGGUGGAGACAAACCCUACUUGAUUUCAGGGGCAGAUGAUCGCCAGGUCAAGAUUUGGGACUACCAGAAUAAGACCUGCGUUCAGACUCUGGAGGGACAUGCCCAGAAUGUCUCCUGUGUCAGCUUCCACCCAGAGCUCCCCAUAAUUAUCACAGGUUCUGAGGAUGGUACGGUGCGGAUAUGGCACUCAAGCACCUACCGCCUGGAAAGCACCCUGAACUACGGCAUGGAGCGAGUGUGGUGUGUAUGUGGUCUUAGAGGCUCUAACAAUGUGGCACUGGGAUAUGACGAAGGAAGCAUUAUCAUCAAAGUUGGACGGGAGGAGCCUGCAAUGUCUAUGGACACCAGUGGGAAGAUCAUCUGGGCCAAACACAGUGAAAUACAGCAGGCCAACCUGAAAGCCAUGGGUGAAGCAGAAAUCAAAGAUGGAGAGAGACUGCCGCUGGCUGUGAAAGACAUGGGCAGCUGUGAGAUUUACCCUCAAACCAUACAGCAUAACCCAAAUGGACGGUUUGUUGUCGUUUGCGGCGAUGGAGAGUAUAUCAUCUAUACUGCAAUGGCUCUGAGGAACAAGAGCUUCGGCUCAGCUCAGGAGUUUGUCUGGGCCCACGACUCGUCUGAAUAUGCCAUCAGAGAAAGCAGCAGUAUUGUCAAAAUCUUCAAAAACUUCAAAGAAAAGAAAUCUUUCAAGCCCGACUUUGGAGCAGAAGGAAUCUAUGGGGGGUUCCUGCUUGGGGUGAGGUCUGUAAACGGUCUGGCAUUUUAUGACUGGGAGAACACGGAGCUAAUUCGUCGCAUCGAGAUCCAACCCAAACAUAUCUUUUGGUCAGACUCUGGUGAGUUGGUCUGCAUCGCUACAGAGGAAUCAUUCUUCAUUCUCCGUUACAUGGCAGAAAAAGUAGCUGCCUCCCAGGAAAACAAUGAGGGAGUAACAGAGGAUGGCAUUGAGGAUGCCUUUGAGGUCCUGGGAGAGAUCCAGGAGAUCGUAAAGACUGGACUUUGGGUUGGAGACUGCUUCAUCUACACCAGUUCUGUUAACAGACUCAACUACUAUGUGGGAGGCGAGAUUGUCACUAUUGCACACCUGGACAGAACCAUGUACCUUCUGGGUUACAUUCCAAAGGAUGACCGCCUUUACCUUGGUGACAAGGAGCUCAACAUUGUCAGCUAUUCACUGUUGGUUUCUGUCCUGGAGUAUCAGACUGCUGUGAUGAGAAGGGACUUUGGGAUGGCAGACAAGGUGCUGCCUACCAUCCCCAAAGAGCAAAGGACCAGGGUUGCACAUUUCCUGGAGAAACAGGGCUUCAAACAGCAGGCGUUGGCCGUAUCUACAGACCCAGAGCACAGGUUCGAGUUGGCCUUGCAACUGGGGGAGCUGAAGAUUGCCUAUCAGCUGGCUGUGGAAGCGGAAUCGGAGCAGAAAUGGAAGCAGUUGGCAGAGCUGGCCAUCAGUAAAUGCCAAUUCAGCUUAGCCCAGGAGUGCCUGCACCAUGCUCAGGAUUAUGGCGGCCUGCUACUGCUUGCAACAGCGUCAGGUAACGCCACCAUGGUGGGCAAGCUGGCCGAAGGGGCGGAAAGGGAUGGCAAGAACAACGUGGCCUUCAUGACAUAUUUCCUGCAGGGGAACUUGGAUCAAUGUUUGGAACUCCUAAUCAAGACUAACAGACUACCAGAGGCUGCGUUCUUGGCUCGGACAUACCUCCCUAGUCAAGUGUCCCGUGUGGUCAAACUAUGGAGGGAAAGUUUGGCUAAAGUCAACCAGAAGGCAGCCGAAUCACUUGCCGACCCCACAGAGUACGAGAACCUGUUUCCUGGGCUGAGAGAAGCUUUUGCAGCUGAGCAUUACCUGAGAGAGACGUGCAUCGGCAGCUCCCGACCUGCUAAAGACUAUCCACUCGUUACACCCAAUGAGGACCGAAAUAUUCUGGAGGAGGCACAGGGAUAUGAGCCCAAAGGCACCUUCGUUCCCUUUUCACCCCAGACGAAAGAUAGUGAUGAAACCAGCUCAGUGCCAGCGGCCUUUGAGACGCCUUCACAGCCUGAACCUGCAGCUCCUGAGGCAGCGGUGAAGAAGGAGGAGGUGGUGGAGGAAAAACUUACAUUCUCUCAGUCAGAGAAGGAGAAGACUCUGGAUGAGUUGGAAGUUGACCUGGACAACAUGGAGCUGGAUGACAUUGACACCUCAGACGUUAACCUUGAUGACGACUUCCUAGAUGAUUGAAGCUGCCAUCCCUUCUUAACGCUCUUCAUGAAAUAUUUAAACAAGAGACCAACAUCCCUUUUCUUUUUUCUUUUUUUUGUUACUUGUAUGAAAAAAUGUUAUGUUAUCAUAUUAGUUUUAUUAAAAACUGAUGACAUCAGUAACAUUUGAAUAAGAACUAAAGCAGAGGGCCGACAGCUACUCCAUUUUUGUACACUCUAUAAAUGAAAAUUAGAUAAAUGAUCUAAUAGAUAAUUUCAUUUUUGCUUUCCUUCUGUGCUUUUCUGUUAUGUCAUGUCGAUGUUCAUUAAGUCCAAUAAAUUUUGGUUGCUGUAUAU